AUGGCUGAGUUGGGAAACAUCGAGAAAAUUGAAGCUGCCAGAGAUUUACUCAAGGCUAGCCUAGAGAAAUCUAAAGAAGUAGCUUCUUCAUUAGACGAAACAGGUUCAAGAUUGCAGGAGAUCAACGAAAGAUUACCAUCUUUGGAAGCCGAAGUUGGAUCAAUUCUUAUGCACAAGAGCACAUAUGUCGCUGUCAGGAACGAUAUUGACUGUGUUAUUGGCCCUGCUGCGGCAGUUCUGAGAGUCUACAAUGCUGUUUGUGAGCUUGACAGGACACUAUCCUUGUCUGACCCGCACACUGAUCUCUUCACUUACUUAUCUGUCAUGAAAAGACUUGAAGAAGGACUAAGAUUUCUUGCCAGCAACUGUGGGUUAGCCAUUCAGUGGUUGGAAGAUAUUCUUGAACCCCUGGAAAGCAUCUCUCCAUUUGCCAAUGCGAAUUACCUCUCAAAAUUGAACAAGUCUUUGAUCAUCUUAGAGGAGUUACAUGACACGGAGAGACGUGCCCGUCUUGACGGAGGGUCAUUUUCAGCUGCAUUAGACAAGCUUGAAAAUGAGUUUAGAAAGCUAUUAACAGAGAACACUGAUCUGAUUCCUAUUGAGCCCCCAUUAUCAUUUGUUGGUGAACAAGCCAUGCUGCUUUUGCCAGCUUCAGUGAUUAAAAAGCUUCAAAUCAUAAUUGAGCGGUUAAAGGCUAAUGAUCGACUUGGAAAGUGCAUACCAUUGUUUAUUGAAGUUCGAGCCGCAAAUGCUAGGAGGAGGUUAAAAGCUCUUGAUUUGGAUUAUCUUGAUAUGCCCUCAUCAGAGAUCGAUGAUAUGCAGACAAUAGAGACUUACAUUGAGCGGUGGGGCAAACACUUGGAGAUGGCUGUGAAACAUAUCUUUGAGGGCGAGUAUGAGCUCUGUACAUUAGUCUUUGAGAAGAUUGAAUCAGAUGUUAGGAUGGUUUGUUUUGCAAAUAUUGCUAUGGAGUCUGGAAUUGCUUCUUUCCUCCGAUUUGGAAAGGAAAUUACCAAUAUAAGAAAAGAUCCCAUGAAGCUCCUGAAGCUGUUGGGCAUCUUUAAAGUUCUGAACAAUCUGAGAUCGGACUUCAACCGGCUUUUUGGAAAUGCAGCUUGCUCAGAAAUUCAAGCCUUGACAAGGGAUCUUAUCAAGAAAGUUGUAGAUGGUGCGUGUGACAUCUUCUGGGAACUCCCCGUUCAAGUGGGAUUGCAGAGGCGACUUUCUCCUCCUUCAAAUGGUAGUGUCCCGAGACUCGUGAUAUUCAUGACUGACUAUUGUAAUCAACUUCUUGGUGAUGACUACAGGCCGACCUUGAUCGAGGUUCUGACAAUCCAUCAAAGAUGGAAACAAGAGACUUAUGAGGGGGAACUUCUUUCAAACCAGUUCUACAACAUAAUGAAGGAAAUCGGGAUAAAUUUGGAUGCGUGGUCAUUGGUUUAUGCAGACAAAUCGCUCUCCUACCUUUUCAUGAUGAAUAACCACUGCCACUUUUGCAACUUGAAAGGAACAAAGCUUGGAGAUAUAAUGGGAGAUUCUUGGUUAUCAGCACAUGAGCAAUACAAGGACUACUAUGCAGCCCUCUACUUGAAGGAGAGCUGGGAAAAGAUUUUGCCCCUUUUAAGCCGACCAAAAGGUUUGAUUUCGAUUAAUCCAGUUGUUAGAGAAGCUGAUCAGGAUUUCGACAAGAAAAGGCUCAAGGCUUUCAACGAGGCUUUCGAUGAAAGGUACGCGAAACACUCGAACUGGGUAAUCUCGGACGAAAGCUUGAGGCAAAAUGUCUGCCAGCUCUUGGUGCAGGCAGUUGUUCCGGUUUACAGGAGCUACGUACAAAGUUACAGGGAUUCGGUUGAACAAGAUGCUAGCGCUGGUAAGUAUGUCAAACACUCUCCAAAGAGUUUGGAGAGUAAGCUGAGUUGUCUGUUUCAGCCAAAGCUAAGCAAGUAUUGGGGCAACAAAAAUGCGCGGUUAAUCGGUAAAAUUAAGAAUGUUUUUAUCAAUCAGUUCCGAUUAACUCUAACUGCUAUGUGA